CCACCCCCACCGCACGGAAGCGGCCCCCGAGGAGCCCCCCAGCAUGACUUCUCGCUGGGCCGCCCGCUGCCCGCCCGGACUACGCCUUCGCUGGGGCCUGAGGAGAUGCUGAGCGGCAGAGACUGUCUCCCCGCUGCCCCGGGGCUGAGCCACCCACCACUGCCACUGCCCCCGGGGUACCCCUCUGCCCCCGGUUAUCCCACCUUCCUGCCCGAGCAGCUGCCACCUGGCACGCUCCAGUACCAAGAGCUGAUGCCACCGGGGAACUGCCUGCCUGAGGAGACCAAGCCCAAGAGGGGACGCCGGUCGUGGCCUAGGAAGAGGACAGCCACACACACCUGUGAUUACGCCGGCUGUGGCAAAACCUACACAAAGAGCUCCCAUCUCAAGGCACAUCUGAGAACCCACACAGGUGAAAAACCUUAUCACUGUGACUGGGAAGGCUGCGGAUGGAAGUUUGCCCGAUCCGAUGAACUUACUCGUCACUACAGAAAACACACAGGCCACCGCCCCUUCCAGUGCCAGCGGUGUGACAGAGCAUUUUCCAGGUCGGACCACCUUGCCUUACACAUGAAGAGGCACUUUUAAUUGGAAGCAGUGGAUCUUUCCCCAGCUGCCAUAGAGAUUCAGUAUUUACAGCACAAGGACUGUCUUCUGAACGCUGGGAAGAACACAGUUUAAGCACUACAGAUAAUCAAGGUGAAGUUUUCCAAAGAGUGGAAAAGCGGGAUAAUUGCGUACAGACACUGCAACUUUUUUUUUUAUAUAUUUACAUUGAAAAGAAAAGAGAACCAAAAACAUCGGGGUCGAUGACUGGAUCUUCUAUCAUUCCAUUUGUAAAUCCAACUUGAAUUAUUUCCGGACUACAAAAUGCCAAGGAGUGACUGGAAGUCACGGAUAUCAGGGUUAAACAGACUGUGUAGUUCGGAGGGUGGGGAUAUUACACAGGGAAAUGACAUUCCCUUCAUUUUCUUUCAAUGCAAUAUUAGAUGUAAAUGUUAUCUUGUAUUUUUCUUUUUUUUUUUUUUUUUCCUUCUGAAAGCCAUUAUGAUGUUAAAAGAGGAGGAAAAAUUCAGGUACAGAAUUAUAUUUUAAAAGCCUAUUUCAUGGUGCUUAGUGACUGUUGGUUCUAGAGGUACCAAAACCAGGAAGCCAAAGUUCUCAAACUGCUGCAUAUCUGACAAGGAAAUAUUUUUUUCUUCCGAUGGCUGAUUAUGACCUAAAUCAGGUAAAUAAACCUGGUUUACUUUUUUUAAGAAAAUAACUUUAUGCAGACAGUCUGUAAUGCACUGUGGUUUCAAUGUGCAAUAGUUUGUACAAUGGUUUAUUCCCAAAUAUGCCUUAAGCAGAACAAAUGUUUUCUAUAUAGUUCUUUACAUAAUAAAUAUGUAAUAUAAAUUUAAGCAAACUUCUAUUUUGUAUAUUUGUAAACUACAAAGUAAAAUUGAACAUUUUGUUGUAAUUUGUAUUUUGCAUAUUCAAGUGGAAAAUAAGUUUUAAAUAAACCUAUAAUAUUU